GUACAGAUCCAAGUCAACGAUGAAUAAAAUACUGUUGGUUUCGUACAUGCGAAGCGGGUCUACAUUUACGUCAGAAAUUAUACGACAAAGCGGACAAUCCUUCUUUGUUUUCGAACCAUUCUGGGGUAUUUGUCGGAAAGAAUUUGUAAAACGAAGAUCUUCUUGGAAAGCUGUUUGCAGAGAUGACGAAACUGAGGUCCAAAGUAUCCAGAAAAUCUCAUUAGUACUCCAUAACAUAUACAGUUGUAAUUUUAAUCAACUUCCAGUAGAAGUGUUAACGUCGUUUUGGAUUUUUCCACAAGGUACUGGACACGCCAUUCUAAAUAGAUGCUUCAACUUUCACAUGAAUACACCUAACGUCCGCGUCAAUGUUUCGGAUACGCGGGCUAGAUGCGUAAACAAAAUGGAAGUGAUGUGUAAAAAUUCAACAAAUAUUCUGAUAAAAACCAUCAGAAUAUCGUUUGACCUUUUUCAUAAAGUUGUUUCGAAAAUUCCGGACAUCAAGAUUAUUCAUUUAGUAAGGGACCCAAGAGCGAUUCUAUAUUCUCGUAGAGAGCUGGGGUAUCUUGAUUACCAAGAGAUAAACAAUGUGUCACAUCAAUUAUGUACCAAGAUGGUCAAAAAUAUUCACAAUUGCAAUCAUAAAAUGCGACGGAAUGUAUUUUCUUUGAAAUUUGAAUGUCUUGCUGCAUAUCCAAUAAGUGAGACUGAAUCGUUAUAUACUUACCUAAACUUUGAAUUUACAAAUGAAAUUAGUAGUUGGCUUAUAACUCAUACUAAAGGAAACGCUAUGUUAUUCGGUAUGAAAUACAAUGUUAAUGUGGCAGAUUCCCUGUUAGUCUCUUUGAAAUGGAUGACUCAAUUACCGAAAAAUGUAUUGCGUUCAAUUGACCAAGAAUGUCAAGAAGUAUACAAUAACCUAAGAAUUCCUGAUUCACGUACUCUUAAGCAACGAUUACAAUACAUUAGAAAAUUUGACUUGCCCAAUUUUUAUAGUACCAUGUGCAAAGCAUAA